AUGCGCUACGACUUACUCUUACUCACUGAAACUUUUGACACUGCUGGCUUAGAGUUGGCCAAUUUCAUAUGCUACAACCAACUAGCACAAAAACGAGGUCGUGGCAGACCCAUUGCAGGUUUAACAAUCGCCAUUAACAAGAAAUUGGAUGAGAUUUGUGACGUACUCUUCAAAAGUAAAGAAUCACUUGGCUUGAGACUACGCAAAUCCGACAUGAACGUCAUUGUCUCAUAUUUUCCUCCCGACACGCGGAUUGACGAAAUACUAUUCAAGCUGACCAAUGCCCUCUCCUAUUUUGAUCUUGGGAAGCCAACAAUAAUUGGCGGCGAUUUCAAUUGCAGAAUUGACAACUCACAACCUCGAGGUUGCGAGCUUAUAGACGAAAUGAUUGAACUCGGAUUUACGUGCCUGAAUGAACCAGAUGUCCUCACCUAUAUCUGCCAUAACGGAGCGAGCACAAUUGAUUUUAUUUUCCACAACUCUUCCGCAAUAGUCGGACCACUAUCUGUAUUACCUUCCCAUUUCACCAAGCACAACCUGGUUACAUCCGAAAUAUCGAUUAAGAAUUCGAAAUAUUCCUCAAGAGCCGGCUCAAUACGGUCGGUUGACCUGACUCAACUCGAAGAAAAAAUCGCACAAAUAGAUUAUGUCGGUGACGUAAACAGAUAUUACGAGAGCUUUGUUGAAGCCUGCAAAUCCGCCGCCAUAUUGAGAAAGCCCAGAAAAUCACCUCCGUGGUUUGACAAAACCCUUUACAAUUUGCAUAAUCAGUUAAAAUUUUCAUACAAAAACAAGCAAACUAACCUACUGGAGUACAAUUCGUCAAAAAGAAUAUUCAAGCGACUCUGUAGACAAAAAAAGGCGACUCAUAUUCAAAACAGAGAAUUCGAAAUCAUCGAGCUUGCUCAGUCGGACAAAUCGAAAUUCUGGGGUAUUCUCAAAGCUAGUUCGUCGAAAAAAAGUCAGAGCUCAGUCUCAAUGUCUGAUUGGGAAUCCCAUUUUGACGAGUUAUACAAUGUUCAAGUCUCCAGCUCCAUAGAGAUCAACGACUAUGUGAACCUUAGUCAGCACAAUUACGCCGAUGACGAUCCCCCAAACUGUGAUUUUAUCAACCGAGCUAUUAGUACGGCCGAGAUUGUGAGGGUCUUGUCGAAAACAGCAGGCAGAAAAGCUACAGGGCCUGACGGUAUUUCAAAUGAGCUGCUUAAAUCUUCUUUUGGAGUCAGCUAUUUAUUUUUGACAACCCUAUUUCAGACGUGUUUCAGAUAUUCAACUUUGCCAGACGUGUGGAAGACGUCGUACAUUGUGCCUCUUUACAAGGGAAAAGGUCCAAAAGACUCCCCUUCAAACUACAGAGGCAUCAGUUUAUUAUCAUGCUGCUAUAAAAUCUACUCCGGAAUUAUUCAUGACAGAAUCUAUCAAUGGGCUGAAGGAAAUUCCAUACUCCCGCGAAACCAAUAUGGUUUCCGAAAAGGGCUAUCCACGAUUCACGCAAUAAACGAGCUCAAAUGCAAUGUUCAAAGUGGUAUAGACACAUAUGCACAAUACUAUGUCUGUUUUGUGGAUUUCAAGAAAGCGUUUGAUACGGUUGACCGCAAUACCCUGAUUCAAAAGCUCAUCCGACUUGGCCUGCAUGGUGAAAUUAUCCACGCGCUAGAUGAUCUAAUCAUAGCCAGUCCUUUCCUUCUAGAUGUUAAAAGAUCGCUGAAUGACCUCCACGAGUACUGCAGAAUUAACAAGCUCACUGGCAAUGUCCAGAAAACCAAUAUGAUGAAAUUCAGAAAAGGUGGACCUCUGAAAAAGUCAGACAAAGUUUUCUACGGAUACGAAGAAAUCGGGUUUACAAACUCAUUUUGCUAUCUCGGCUACAACUUAUCACCGUCCCUUACCAUCACAACCCACCUAAAACACUUGGUCAGAUCAGCUAUAAGACAUUUAGACACAUGUCAUGGCUUCACAGAAUGCUCUAACACUGUGGAGAAGUUAUUGAAGGCGACACGACAAGCGUAA